AUGGCAUACACAUCCAACUACCACGACGACUCCGACGAGGACUACGAGGCCAGCGACGAACACGAGCGAAGCGUCAUCCAGAGCCCGACCCUCCCCGUCGAUUACGCAGAGAGCUCGCCCACAUCGUCCGGGCCCAUGAGCACCGAGCACACGCCCACCACCUUCACGCACUCGCGGGACAGCAAGGGCAGCCCCACUGGCCUGAUAACAGAGUGGACCAAAGGGCAGGUCGCAGACUUUGUGGCUGGCUUGGGUCUCAAGCAGUAUGCGGACACCUUCAUCGAGCACGAGUUCUCGGGGGAGGUGCUCGUCGAGGUGCAACAUGCCGAGCUCAAAGAGAUUGGUCUUCACAGCGUUGGCCACCGGCUCACUAUCCUCAAGGGUGUCUAUGAGAUCAAAGUAAAGCAGAACAUACCCAUCGAGCCGGAUCACUACGUCCCGCUGUCCGCAGAUACGUCCGCUCAAGACGCUCCGCCCACACAGGAAGACUUCGCUAAGGUCAUACGCGUAGUGCAGGCACGCGACGAGCGAUUACACGCCAGCGAGAUGGAGAUACGACACCUGAAGGAGGACUUGAACCGGGUGCUCGAAGACUACAAGAAGCUCCGUGACGAGACCCUCGCCAUGGCUCGCGCAUACAAAGACAGCCAGCAGCCGCUGCCCACGCCUCACGACCAUUCUGUCACGUCGCCCCCGGCUGCAAUGGGAGGCGUGGGGAGCAGUCUGUCACGUAAGUUCUCUACCAAGAGACUUUUCCUUGCGUCUGGCCCGAAGAACCCCUCUCCGACUAUUCCGGAAGGGCGCGCCCUGGUCGACAAUUCGUCUCUCGAUCCUUCCGCAGCAGCUCUGGCAGCAUCCUCACACCUCACAGCGUCAAUUGCCGGCGGCCAUCAAAUGUCGCCCAAUGCCGUUCCGCAGCCCUCUCCUACCUCUCCCGCAUAUCAAACCAACAACCAGAACCGUUCCUACAAUUCACGCAGCGCACAUCCAGACCACGAUACGCAGAGCUGGUCUCGGGAUAAUAGCACCUGGUCAGAUUCAACAAUGACAUCAGAACGAGCACGUAAUACACCUGCGCCGCUUAGAGCGCCAAUGCGGUCGAAUGCCGCACCAACGCCCAACCCUGACGACCGCGAUCCACCACUCUCUGGAGGUACCAUGAGCUCGAACCCCCCCUCCGCACAAUCAUCCUCAACCAACCCGCAAGUCGAAAUAUUCAAGUCGUUCCGCGUGUCCAUCGACGAUCCAUGCCACAAAGUCCUACCUGUUGCACUGAAGAAGUACAACAUUACGGCUGACUGGCGACAAUACGCUCUGUACAUUGUCCAUGGCGACCAAGAACGAUGUCUGGGCCUGAAUGAGAGGCCUUUGAUAUUAUUUAAACAAUUAGAUAAGGAAGGUCGCAAACCCAUGUUUAUGCUUCGGAAACACGCCGCACCUGCCGAAGGCCACGUAAGCACUGUUGGCGGGAACGAUAUAAGAAGCGUAGGCGGUGGCACCGGCAGUUUCGGAUGGGAUGGGAACAACAGAGGAGUCCAAUUACCUGGAGGCGUUUUAUAA